AUGACACUCACCGUCUUCCCCUCCCCAGAUCCAGGGGACUCGCCCGACCUCGCGUUGCUUAAUCUCUCCGCGUUAUUCACACGGCUCGAGCACAACUUGCUUUCUCCCGGCGCUGAUCUCAGCCCGCUACGACGAUCCGAGUACCAGCGCAUGCGAGUCGGAGCGAACCUAGAAUAUGCUCGCUCUCUACUGGUGCAAGUCGAGAAGUCUCUCCCGCAGAUCAAACCCCUCGAACGACGGCACGAGAUCCAACUGGACCUGAACAAACGGCGACAGACGCUAAAGUCACUUUCUGAAGUACUGGAAGAGCUUUCCGCAGAAGGCCAAGCGAGGAGAGUAAACAUACUUGGUUCCAUUACUGGCCGGCCCGGUGCUGUAGGCAUACAACUUGAAGAUGACGACGAUGAUGAUGAUGACGAGGAUGAUGAUGGAGAGGACCUCCUCGCCACGCCAGAAGGCGAAAGCACCUCGGAGCACGAGACGGCCGAAGAAGUCGAUGAAUCAAGCAUAUCCACUCACGAAGACCAGCACCUUACACCUUCCUCAACAGCAUCAUUGGCGCAAACGCCGGACGUGCCCGCUACGACACAUACCUUGACACCAACGCCGACAGCUUCGUUACGACAUCGACACCAGACAUCACCACCUACAACUACUGCUACUGCUACUGCUACAGGGACUGCAACAGGUUCCGCGGACCUAUCCAAGCUCUCCUCGACGGAGGCGACCCUCAGCGCGCAUCGACAGGAACAAGAAGACCUGACAACCUCCCUACUCUCGCUAGCCAGCCAGCUCAAGGCCUCGUCGCAGGCGUUCCACAGCUCGCUCGAGUCGGAGAAGUCGAUCCUUGGCCGUGCCGUCGAGGGUCUGGACAAGACCACCACGGGCAUGCAGGCGGCCGAGAAGCGCAUGGGGAUGCUCCGCCGUAUGACCGAGGGAAAGGGCUGGUGGGGGCGCAUCAUGCUGUAUGCCUGGAUCUUCGGGCUGUGGGUUGUUGCCAUCUUGAUUGUUUUUGUGGGGCCCAAGUUAAGAUUAUAA